AUCAGCAGAGUCAACCUCACCAUCGGACGCUUCGUCUGGGAUCGGCUGAUCUACACGGUCAGCAUGGACAGGAAGCCCCUCCUCUACGUGGUGAACUUCCUGCUGCCCGUGCUCUACUUCCUGCUGCUGGACCUGGCCUCCUUCUUCAUCAGCGAGCGCGGCGGCGAGAAGCUCAGCUUCAAGGUCACUGUGCUGCUGGCCAUCUCCGUGCUGCUGCUCAUCCUGCACGACAUGCUGCCCUCCACCGACCAGCACAUCCCCCUGAUUGGAAUCUACUGUCUGGGGAUCUUCUCGUUUGUGGCGCUGAGUCUGCUGGAGACCAUCUUUGUCAGUUUCCUCCUGAGGACGGGAUCUCGGAGGGCCAGGACAGCCACGAACCCUGCUGUGACCUCAGCUUUGACCUCAGUAGUGACCUCCGCCCCAGAAGGGUCACCUGACAGCGAGCAAGGUACCAUUAGCAUGGUAUCAUCCCGCCACACUGCUCCGUUGGGGCAACAAAAAAUGCAUGAGAAAAAGAGCAAAGAUGAGUUACGUCUGCUGGCCAGGGUCAUCGAUGUCAUCUACUUCCUGACCUACCUCGUUAGCGUCACCAUUUUCCUGCUGUUGACGACGCUCAACUGGUUCUACUAG